AUUAUUUGUUAGCAGAAAAACAACUGUAUUCUGUUCUCCAAAACUCCCCUUUUGGCCUUUUCUGUUCCCGGUGCUCUUGCUUCCCUCUAUUUCCUUCUGAAUGCUAUUUCAAUUGAAACCUAAUCUGCCACUUUCUCAUUCUCCUUGCACUCUCCAUUCCUUCACUUCCCCUCUCUCUGAUUCUCGCGGCAAAAUCAACUGAUAAUGCAUCUUGCGCAAAGACUCGCCAAAUCGACAAGCUAGGGUUUCCUCCAGAAAAUUCGGUUCUCGCCGGGGUUUUGCGGAGGAGACGCAGUCGCCGGCAGCAAUGGCCACCAGCUUGCAGAUGAGCCCUCAGGUGGAGCAGAUCCUCGGCGAAAUCCGCGAUAACUUUCGAUUCCUGGCAAAUGGCUUCCAAAGGCUUGAUAAGAUUAAAGAUUCCAAUAGACAAAGCAAGCAGCUGGAAGAACUCAAGGAUAAGAUGGUGGAGUGUAAAAAGCAUUUCUGUGGUUGUAAACUUGUAAUCUUGCUAUAUCUCAAUGGCAACUGUAACUUUGAGUUGAGUAAGAAGAAAAAUGUUGAUAAAGGAGUUUGAUCGAGAAAUUAAAGAUGAAGAGGGAAAAAAUCCCCCAGAAGUGAACAAGCAACUUAAUGAUGAAAAACAAUCAAUGGUUAGUGCCGAAAACCUUUCUAUUUUGGAUGCUCACGUUUUGGAAGGGGUACAAUAUCUUCAACCUCAAAGUAUUAUGAAUGUGGCGAUAUUUUUCUUUUCACAUCUUUGUAAAUGAUUUGCAUUGCUAAAUGAUUUGCAUUGCUAAA